UUGUUAUUCAAUAUUUUUGAAAAGUAAAAUAAAUAAAUGAUAUAAUAGUAUAAAUAUUUUAAUAUAAUUCCAGAAUUUGAAAGGUCUUCACUUUAAUCUUUUUAGGUUCUGCAUAUUGACUUGAGAUUUUAUAUGAAUGGAAAUUAUUUUCGUUAUUAAGAUGCAUCAAGCUUUUGGUCUGCAUUAGGAAAGUGCACUAAUCUCUCAAAUUUGACACUUGAUCUAGAUGGAAAUAGUUUUGGUGAUAAAGGUGCAUCAGGCUUAAGUUCUGCUUUAGAAAAAUUGACUAAUCUCUCAAAUUUGACACUUAGUCUAUAGUAGAAUCAAAUUGGUUCAAUUGGUGCAUUAGGCUUAGGUUCAGCUUUAGGAAAAUGCACUAAACUCUCAAAUUUGGCACUUAAUAUUUAGUAGAAUAAUAUUGGGGCAAUUGGUGCAUCAGGCUUAUGUUCUGCUUUAGGAAAGUGUACUAAUCUUUAAAAUUUGACACUUAUUAUUUUGUAGAAUUAAAUUGGUGAUGAAGAUGUAUCAGGGUUAGGUUCUGCUUUAGGAAAGUGCUCUAAUCUCUAAAAUUUGACACUUAAUCUUGAAUCGAAUAAAAUUGGAUAUCAACGUCACUCCAUGUAGUUGCCGGAGCUUCCGUAGCUUCUGUAGCUUCUGUAGCUUAAAAUUGGUGCAAUUGGUGCAUCAGGCUUAGGUUCUGCUAUAGGAAAGUGUACUAAUCUCUUAAAUUUGACAGUUAAUCUUCAGUGUAAUCAUGUUUAUGAUGAAGGUGCAUCAGGCUUAUGUUAUGGAUUAAGUAAGUGCACUAAUCUCUCAAAUUUGACACUUGGUCUAUAUGCAAAUUAAAUUAGUGAUGGAAGUACAUUAGACAUAGGUUCUGCUUUAGUAAAGUGCACUAAUCUCUCAAAUUUGACACUUGUUCUAAAUAUCAAUUAAAUUAGUGAUGAAGGUGUAUCAAACUUAGGUUAAACUUUAGGAAAUUGCAUAAAUCUCUCAAAUUUGACACUUGAUCUAAAUUUCAAUAAAAUUGGCGAUCAAGGUGCAUAAGGCUUAGUAUUUGCUUUAUUAAAGUGCACUAAUCUCUCAAAUUUGGCACUUUCUCUACCUUACAAUUAAAUUGGUGAUGAAGGUGUAUCAGGCUUAGGUUAUGGUUUAGUAAAGCACACUAAUCUCUCAAAUUUGACACUUAAUCUCAGCGGAAAUUCUUUUGGUUAUGAAGGUGCAUCAAGCUUAAGUGCUGCUUUAGGAAAGUGUACUAAUCUCUUAAAUUUAAGACUUUAUCUAAUUUCCAAUAAUAUUAAUGAUGAAGAUGCAUAAGGCUUAAGUUCUGCUUUAGAAAAUUGCACUAAACUCUCAAAGUUGACACUUAACCUUUAUUAGAAUCAAAUUGGUGAUGAAGGUGCAUCAGGCUUAGGUUCUGCUUUAUCAAAGUGCAUUAAUAUCUCAAAUUUGACACUUUACCUUGGUUCCAAUCAAAUUAGUGCAAUAGGUGCAACAGGAUUAGGUUCUGCGUUAGCAAAGUGCAUUAAUCUCUCAAAUUUGACUCUUGAGUUUUCAAACAAUUAAAUUGGUGAAGAAGGUGUAUCAGGCUUAGGUUCUGCUUUAGCAAACUGCACUAACCUCUCAAAUUUGGCACUUGAACUUUAUUCCUGUUAAAUUGGUCAUAAAGGUGCAUCAGGCUUAGUUUCUGCUUUAGUAAACUGCAUUAACCUUUCAAAUUUGAAACUUGAUCUAUAUUCCAAUGAAAUUGGUUGUGAAGGUGCAUCAAACUUAGGUUUUGCUUUAGUAAAUUGCACUAGCCUCUCGAAUUUGACACUUGGUCUUAAUUCCAAUUAAAUUGGUUGUGAAGGUGCAUCAGGCUUAGGUUCUGCUUUAGCAAAGUGCAUUAAUCUCUCUAAUUUGACUCUUGACUUAGUUUUUAAUUAAAUUGGUGCAAUUGGUACGUCAGAUUUAAGUUGUGCUUUAGUAAAGUGCAUUAAUCUCUCAAAUUUAACACUUUAGCUUGGUUUCAAUUAAAUUGGUUAAGAAGGUGCAUCAUACUUAGGUCCUGCUUUAGCAAAGUGCAUUAAUCUCUCAAAUUUGACUCUUGAUAUUAUUUCUGAUCAAAUUAGUGCAAUGGGGGCAUCAUUCUUAGGUUCUUCUUUAGUAAACUGCACUAACUUGUCAAAUUUGAGACUUUAACUUGGUUCCAAUCAAAUUGGUGAUGAAGGUACAUCUGGUUUAGGUUCUGCUUUAGCAAACUGCACUAACCUCUAAAAUUUGACACUUGACCUUUACGGCAAUUAAAUUGGUAAUAAAGGUGUAUAAGGCUUAGGUUCUUCUUUAGCAAACUGCACUAAACUAUCAAAUUUGACACUUGACCUUUAUUCUAAUCGAAUUGGUGACGAAGGUGCAACAGGCUUAGGUUCUGCUUUAGCAAACUGUACUAACCUCUCAAAUUUGGCACUAGGCCUUCAUUUCAAUUAAAUUGGUGCACUAGGUGCAUUAGGCUUAGGUUCUGCUUUAGUAAAGUGCAUUAGUCUCUCAAAUUUGACACUUUAACUUGACAGUAACAGAUAAUUAAAUUUCAAAGCAAAAACAGAGAGUCUUAAAUCAAAAAGAUUAGUUUUCUUUGAAAUAUAAUUCUGGUGAUAAAUAAGUGACAAAAAUAAAGGAAGA